AGUGGCUAUUGGGUAGCCAUAUUGUUGGGCCACCGCGGUGGGGUUUUGUGGGGGGGGGGAUUAUAACGCCGGGAUCGGCGGACUCGCUUUCCCAUGGUGCCUGAGGAGACGGGAACGGAUGGCGGAGAAGGAUGACACCGGAGUUUGACGACGAAGUGGUGUUUGAGAAUUCACCACUUUAUCAGUACUUACAGGAUCUGGGACACACUGAUUUUGAAAUAUGCUCACCAUUGUUGCAGAAAUCAGAAGAAUGCACAUCCAAAGAGGGACCAAAAGAUAUGGAUGUAAGUGUUAUUCAGGAGAAAGACAUCUUGUCAAACGUUGUUGAGAUAUUAAAAAGCUGGCUUCCUUUUUCCCUAUAUAAGAAAAAACAUGAUAUACUUCAUCAAUUGGAUGUUGGUUUUCGGUCAGAUGCACUCUGCGCCAUCCUGCAACAGGAAGUUCUGCUACAGGAGGAUGUUGAACUGAUUGAACUAUUUGAUCCUAGUAUCCUGUCUGCAGGACAGCUCAAGCAGCAGGAAUAUGGACAUCUUCCAACACUAUGCUCCCUAGCAACUCCUAAUAUUUGGGAUAUUUCAUUAUUAUUUCUCUUCAUCAGCACACUGGUGAUGAUUCCUUCUUUAUGGAGUGGAUUCCUUGGAUUAAUUUUGGGAGUAGUUUUCUUGGUUUACAUAACUAUGCGAGGUUUGGACAUAACACGAAUUGCAAAGUUACAAAUGUCUCUUAAAAAAUGUCAUCUCCAACUAGAAGAUGUAAUGGUUAAUUGCCGCGCCUUCACUAACCUUGUGCGGAAAGCAUUGCGACUCAUUCAAGAAACUGAAGUAAUUUCCAGGGGAUUUACUCUUUUGCUUGACAGGGUUAGUGCUGCUUGCCCAUAUAAUAAAGGUGGACAACAUCCCUAUCAGCAUCUGAUUGGUCUUCGAAAAGCUGUGUAUCGAUCAGUAAGAGCCAACUUCAGAGCUUCAAGACUUGCUACUUUGUAUAUGCUUAAACAUUACCCACUGAAUUCUGAGAGUGACAGUGUCACAAAUUACAUAUGUGUGGUGCCUUUUAAGGAGCUUGGUUUGGGAUUAAAUGAAGAACAAGUGUCUGAAGAAGAAGCACACAACCUCACAGAUGGCUUCAGCUUGCCUGCACUAAAGGUUUUAUUUCAGCUUUGGGUCGGUCAAAGUUCUGAAUUCUUUAGGCGACUACUUCUUCUGUUAUCUCCCUCUAAUGCAUCUCUCAGGAGCCUGAUUACACCAGAAAGUUUGCCUCUUUGUAUCUUUUCUGAUAUAAUUCAAGGUCUGCCACAUGCUCAUGCUGCUUGUUUAGAAGAACUUAAACGGAGUUAUGAAUUUUACCGGUAUUUUGAAACACAUCAUCAAUCUUACUUGGAACGUCCAGUCAAAGCUAAACCAAAAUCAGGAUCCCUAAGCCAUCUCCACACUGCUGUGCGCAGUUUGCAACUCCAUCUAAAAGCCCUAUUGAAUGAAAUGAUAAUUCUAGAGGAUGAACUUGAGAAGGUUAUGAAUUCCAAGGAAAGUCCAGAAUUAAUUUGGGAGGCCUACCAAAUUGCAGAUCAAAAAUUGAAACUGAUUCAGCCUCACAUGCAUGCUAGCAAUAGUUGUUGGGAAGAAGCUAUUUCUCAAGUGGAAAAAAUGAUUCGAAGAAAUUCAGAUAAAAAAGGUAAAUCUGAACCAUUUUGUGAAAACAAGCAUUGCACUACGGUACCUUUAAUGCAGCCAACGGUGCAUAUAGAAGACAAAGACCCUGUUCCUGAAGAACAGGAACUUGAAGCAUAUGUUGAUGAUACAGAUAUGGACGAGUGUAAGAGAGAUGAUUUUUAUUACUUUUCUCUGGAAGACAGACAGAGACAAAAACGUGAAAGGGAAGAAUCUAAGAGAGUGUUGCAGGAAUUGAAAUCUGUGUUGGGAUUUAAAGCUUCAGAGGCAGAAAGACAAAAGUGGAAACAACUGCUAUUUAGUGAUCAAGCUGCAGUGAACACUUCUACUUCAGAGAACUGUGUACCAAAUUCGGAAUUACUUAAAAAUUCAGACAGAGACAAGCAGGAUUGUAGCAAAAAUGAAAAUCUAGAAGAAACCAUUUCUGAUGACAAAAUGAAUGUUCCCAAAAAUGAAAAAGGAAAGGUGGAAUAUUUAUUUGAUGGCCUUGGAGUGAAUGAACAUGAUGUUGCCAUUGCUGCCUCACCAGAAGUUGAAAAAAGAACAUGUUCCCAGUGCAACGGAGAAGGUGAGGAAUCUAAACAAAGUGCUGUGGGUAGAGUAAGUAUGAUAGAACCAUUCGAAAAUAAACAGUCUUCCAUCAAACAAAGAUUGGCUGAACUUCAUAUAUCCACAGAUUUUAAUUUCACAUCAGGUUUAGCAGCACAGGUUGCUGCCAAAUCCCUCACAUUUAGAACCAUGAAAGAACAGAUGUUUGAAGAAGACGAGGAAGCAAUGGAAAUUCAGGAGAAUGAGGACAAUUUUGAAAAAACAGAAAAUACAUGACUGAAAAAGACAUAUUGUAAAGCUCACUUUAAAUUUGCUUUGCUGACUUGAAAGCAAGAUAAGAGGCACAAGAAAAUCAGAAUUUAGCAAUGGAUGACAAGGGGUAUGUUAUCUAUUGUUAAAGUCAUAUUAUAUAAUUGGCCUUUACUUGUCUUUUGAAAUGUAUACAAAUGCAAAUACAAGCCAGACUCAAGAUGUACAGUAUAAUUCUUACUGCUGCCGGAGGUGACUAAGUGUUUUUAUUAAUAUUUUAUUUAUUUAUAUUAUGAGGGUUUUUUCCUAAUAGGAAAUUAUUUGUUGUUUCUUUAAUAGCAACAUUGAUUUAAAUAAAAAUACUUGAAAUCAUUAUUUAACAAUUUCUUGUGGUUCUCAUACCAGCUUUAUUUCUUUUAUUGAUUCUGCUUUAUAUCACUAGGUUUUGUUGAUCCAUUAUGUCAUCAUGGUUCUAUACUAAGAUGUAUCCUAUUGAAAUUAAAAAAAAUCACAUUCAUUAUUGAUGUAUGAUAGCAAGGGAUUAAAUCAUUUGCCUAUGUUAACUUCUGACUGGAGAAAAUAAUUUGAAUUUAUCAUGUAUUUGCAACAUUUCUUUGUACUAAAUUUUCAACCUAUUCCUUAUGAUAGCUAUUCACUUCCCUAUUUGUACAUGAGAAAAAUUAAACGAAUUUUGAAACAGUC